CCGCUGAAGAAGCAGAAGAAGACGGUGCUGCUCUCUGAUUGGCUAUUGCUAGGGGACAGACAGACUCGGUGGUUCGUUGGCGGAGCGGAGCUUCAGCGGCCUGUGGUCGGCCUUGUGGCGGAGCCGGGACGGAGACCGCUGGCUGCCACGUCUUUGCCCGCUCUGGGAUCAGGAAGUCAGCCUGGCUGAAAUGGAUGAACAGAGUGUGGAGAGCAUUGCUGAGGUGUUCCGCUGUUUCAUCUGCAUGGAGAAGCUGAGGGAUGCCCGUCUGUGCCCGCACUGCUCCAAACUCUGCUGUUUCACCUGCAUACGGCGGUGGCUGACGGAGCAGAGAGCCCAGUGCCCACACUGCCGGGCUCCACUGCAGCUCCGCGAGCUUGUGAACUGUCGCUGGGCAGAGGAGGUCACCCAGCAGCUGGACACCCUGCAGCUGUGCAGCUUGUCCAAACACGAGGACAACGACAAGGAUAAAUGUGACAACCACCAUGAGAAGCUGAGUGUUUUCUGUUGGACCUGUAAGAAGUGCAUCUGCCACCAGUGUGCGCUGUGGGGUGGCAUGCACGGCGGCCACACCUUCAAGCCUCUGGUGGAGAUCUAUGAGCAGCACGUGACCAAGGUGAAGGAUGAGGUGGCCAAACUGCGCCGCCGCCACAUGGAGCUCAUCAGCCUGGUGCAGGAAGUGGAACGGAAUGUGGAGGCCGUCAGAGGAGCCAAGGACGAGCGGGUCAGAGAGAUCCGGAAUGCUGUUGAGAUGAUGAUUGCUCGACUGGACAACCAGCUGAAGAAUAAACUCAUCACUCUAAUGGGACAAAAGACAUCCCUGACCCAGGAGACCGAGCUUCUGGAGUCUCUGCUGCAGGAGGUGGAGCAUCAGCUGCACUCCUGCAGUAAAAGUGAGCUCAUCUCUAAGAGCCCAGAGAUCCUGCUCAUGUUCCAGCAGGUCCACCGGAAACCCAUGCAGUCCUUCGUCACCACGCCAGUCCCUCCGGACUUUACCAGUGAACUGGUUCCUGCAUAUGACUCCAGCAUGUUCGUUCUGGUCAACUUCAGCACCCUGAGGCAGAGGGCUGACCCCGUCUACAGCCCUCCUCUACAGAUAUCUGGACUCUGCUGGAGACUCAAAGUCUACCCGGAUGGUAACGGUGUGGUCCGUGGAAACUAUCUGUCUGUGUUCCUGGAGCUGUCUGCUGGACUCCCAGAAACAUCCAAGUAUGAGUACCGUGUGGAGAUGGUCCAUCAGGCCUCCAAUGACCCCACAAAGAAUAUCAUUAGGGAGUUUGCAUCUGAUUUUGAGGUUGGUGAAUGCUGGGGCUACAACCGCUUUUUCAGACUGGAUCUUCUGGCCAGUGAGGGUUACCUGAACAUGCAGAGUGACACUCUGAUUCUCCGUUACCAGGUUCGCUCACCCACUUUCUUCCAGAAGUGUAGAGACCAGUACUGGUACAUCAGCCAGUUGGAGUCGGCCCAGAACGGCUACAUUCAGCAGAUCAACAACCUGAAAGAGAGGCUGGCCAUUGAGCUGUUUCGCCGGCAGACUUCACACAGCUCUUCGCCCCCCGACCUGAGACUUGUCAGUGGCCCUACAGCGUCUGAGAGGGACUUGCACUCAGUGAAGAGUGAUGACGACACCCAGCCGAGCUCCACCAGCAUGAAGAAAAGUGAGGAAGGAGACUGCACCCGGCACGACGAGUCCAACGACCUGUCUGAUGGGGAUUUGGAGGUCGACUGUCUGACGGAGGAGGAGGUCAACCCGCUGGAUGGCAGCAGUACCUCAGGGAGCUCCACAGCCACCAGCAACACGGAGGAGAACGACAUCGACGAGGAGACCAUGUCCGGAGAGAAUGUUGUGGACUUCAUUGGUACUUCAGAGACAGAAGAAGGAGAACUUCCCGAUGACCUGGUUGGAGCCACAGGUGGAUCCAGCUCCAGUGUCUGCUCCUUGCACUGCAGUGCCGCUGGGCCAGGUGGCAGCCUCCUGGACAUAGAUCCUGUCAUCCUGAUUCAGCUGCUGGAUCUUAAGGAGCGGAGCAGCAUGGAUUCUUUGUGGGGUCUUCAGCCACGGCCUCCUGCCCCGAUGCUCCACAGCCAAGCUCAUCCUCAUUCCAGGAAAGAACGAGACCGGCAUCCUCAGGCAGUUCGGAGGUCAAUUCCCGACUCAGGGGUCUUGAUCCGCCUCAAAGCCCAAAUGGCUGAGGUCCACAGCAAGAUGUCCGAUGUCAAGAGUCACGUGCUGGAGGCUCAGACCUCUGCAGAGGCCGUGUCCAGACCGUCCGGGGCCUUCAGCUUGGACGAGGCUCCUUCUCACAGUCCUGAGUCAGAGUUGCUGGUUUGUCACAAACCCAGCGAGCUGGAGCUUAUGGGGAGCGCGGCUGCACCGCAGCCCAGGCCAGGAGCAAGGAAAUCCCUCUCCCCUGUUCUGGAGAGCAGCAAGUCAGGUAUCAUGAAGAGGAGGAGUCCACAGGAGAAGGACAAGAAUGUGAGAGGCGGAGACACAGAGCUGACUUCACAUUCCAAAGACAUCCUUGCAGGAACUGCCGGACUGUUUAAGUUGGAACGUGCACACAGCUCUGGUGGCAGCACUUUUUCACAGCAGGCUUUGGCCUCCAAACAGCAGCUCUCCACUGGCCAGCAGAUGUUUGGGGCCUCAGAGUCCAGGGAUGACUUCUUCUCUUUGGGAGGAUCGACCUACGUCACUGGCAGCAGCAGGAGCAAAGGGUCAGCCAUGUUGGACUGUAAAGUCGAAGACUCUGCAGACUCCACUCAGUUUUUGCAGGACAGACCCUGUGCACUCCCAAAGGAAGACGAGCAGCCGUCUGUCCUGUCAGUAGCAACCAGCAGUGACAGUGACACCGAGGAUGAGGCCCAGCAUGGCUACGAAAGCCAGAGCCCUCCUUCCACAGGAGAGGCCUUCCUGUCCAGCUCCUGCCUGCCCGCUCACAGGUAACUUCCUGUGAGCGUGGUGUCAUGCGUGAACUCCAACUCCCAUGGCGACGGCUGCUCCUCCACUUGCUUGGUCUUUGUCAGAACUCAAACCCCUGUUAGAAGGAUUGAUUUUAGUCUGAUGCUGCUGUGUGUGAAGGUCAAGCUUUUCCUUUCUGGAUUGACUGAAGAACCAGUUUCAGCAGGUCCCCAUGUCGUCACUUUAAGGGACAUCUGUUUAUUGU